GGCCGUUUUUCGCUUUUUAGCACGCAGCAGUGGAAAGCCCAGUGAUCUUAUCCAUUUGCAUCCAAAGAGGAAGUAGCAGCCUGUUGGUCUUUGCUUCGCUUGAACAUCCAAGAUUAACACUUUAUUUAGUUUUCCCUAGAAUCCAGCUGACACUGGCAAGUGAGCUUGUCUACUCAGGAAUGUUUGUUUUAGUGGCAUGCUGUCUCCUGUUAGCACUUUCAGUGUCUGAUGGAACUUUGGUUCAUGAUAUCAAUGCUACUGUCGGGGACUCAGCGCUUCUCCAAUGUAGCGCGAACAUGUAUCCUACUGAACUGAGGAAUCUACGCUUUUACUGGCAAGAUGACAGAAAUGUUGUUUUGUAUUCUUUCAAAGAAGGAAGGGCCAUGGCAGAGCAUGCAAAUGAACUUUAUCUGCACAGGAUCACAGCUUUCCCACAGGACAUGAAAACAGGAAAUGUUUCAGUCAAAUUAAAAAACCUAACACUUGAAGAUAACGGGAGAAUUUUUCAGGCUUUUGUUGCAGUUUCUGAGAGUGGAGGGAUGAGGAGGCAGAGACUGAUCUGCGAAAGUAACUUACAUGUUGCAGUCCCUUACAAGAACGUCAGUCUGGCUUUAAAUUUUGAAACAAUGACAGCAGUGUGCACUACAAAAAGAGGAUUUCCUGAACCUUUGGUACAGUGGAUGCUCCACUUCUCUAACAACUCCUACAAUAUUAUAGACUCGAAGGAUACACACAAUACAGCAAUGCAGGACCCUCAUGAUAGUCUCUACAGUUUCAACAGCACUAUACAUAUUCCUGAAGGACCUUAUCAUUCUGUGACCUGUCUCAGCCACAACCCUACUAUAAGAAUGACUUUGAAUACCACCUGGAUUUUAAACAAAGGUGCAGCAAUGUGGAGCCUGCAUGUCUGGGCUGAAGGGUUGAUAGUAGCUGUUCUUCUGCUAGCUUGAGUUGUGUUUUUUUUUUGCAUUUUAAAUUAUUUUCAAGUUUUCAAUUGUCAAAUGUUACAGAAAUUCUGAGACCCACAUGCAGACAGAAAACACAGCACACAAAUGUUAAAAUAAAGUAAGUUCAUUUGUAUAAACGAUCAUUGGUGAGCAGGAAGGAUUAGUACUGGCAAGGGGAACUGAUGUAAUGACUAGGAGAUACGGCGACAACUAUAGGGAAACAAUCAUGCAAAUACACUGACACAUUAGAAGCAUGGUUUGCUAAACUAUAAAAGACAAUGAAGACUUAAACUUCCAAAUUUAUCAAAUAUCAGAUUGAGAACUAACCAGAACUAAGUACCACAGAAUCAGGAAAGAAACAGAGACGGAAACCUGGGGCCAGAGAGACACGCGUACGGUGCAACACAGAAUACUAAAUCCAGGACAUAAUACAAACAGAGCAUGCAACAUAGAAGCACAAAUACAGAGUAAUUGUGAGGAGGAGGGGCUUUUGUCCAUUGAUGUCUGGGCUCACAGAUCAGACUGCAGACAGAGACCAUUGGAACUUUACAAGUGUCACUUCACAGUGUGCACAGCUUUUAGCCGAACUACUCUCAAAUUACAAUGAUACAACAUAUGCAGGCCCUUUUCCGAAGACAGUGCAGUGACAGACAACUUUUAAAAUAAAUAUUUGCUUUUAAUGAAUGUUUCAGGAUACACUGACUUUCCUUCCAUACAUAAAUGAUAAUAAGCUGGCUUUAUUCAUUGUUAUGUCUGUUGUUUCAUUUUUAUUUACUUUACUCAUGGAAUUAUUGUAAGAAUCAACCUUAUCAUUUAUAAGGUUGAUUCUUACAAUAAUUCCACUACGAUUAACAUUGUUGCAUUUAAGCAGGAAAUUGUAAACACUCAGGAAUAAUCCACUUUGUACACAAUUCUCCAGAGGAAAUAUUUGGGCUUUUGCUGAAAGCAAAACUGUAUUGUCAGCUCUCAGCUCUGUGCACAGCACUGUUGUUUGCUGUGCAGUGAAAGCGUUUAGUUUCAUAAAGGUGUGUAUUAUCCCAAUGAUACAAUGCUUCUGCUGUGCCUUCUGCAUAAACUGUACACACCCACUCGCUCUGCCUGGUGACAGUAUCUUCGUGAUGCUACAGUUAAAAAACGUUAAGAAGAAAAGAAACUGGUUUUCUAUUUGUUUUUUAGUGUACAGCGUGUCUAAAAGCAGAUUUCAGGAGUAAUGAUGUCGUGUGAGUUGGUGAUGCUUUGACACUAAAGGAGAUGGAGAAGAUUUGAAAAUCAGGAGCCAGAGCUCAGCACCGAUUGGCCUCUGCCCAACUUAGCCAUUGGAUAUUGUAUUAGAUGAUUUGUUCUUUUAUUGUGAAUGCCACACACAGUGAAGUUCUUUUGUGAAAAUACAGAGAGAGAGAGUGAGAGAGACAGAGGAAAUAGAGGGAGAUUGGGGUAAACUGACCUGGAUACACUUUUUCCUGUUUUUUCUUAUGUUAUGACCCCAGAGCCUUGGUCCUGCAUCCUUUCCCUUGCAGGUUUAGUUACCUCAUUCAUACAGAAAGUUUGACUGUUUUUAGCAAUUUAUCUGAACAGAAAGUCAAGUAAAAUCACUGAGACCUGAAAUCCGAAGGCCUGGUACCAUCUCCCUAAUAGCCUCAGCAAAAGACAGGCAGACAGAGGGUCACUGAGUGAUAGAUUAAAAGACAAAGAGAGGAAGAGAAGACAGGGAAACAAAAGAGGAAGUAAAGAGAGAGAUCUCUCACUAACAUAAAAUUGUCUCUGUUCACACCACAUGAAUUUAUGACAGUGAUCUUGCCAGUUGAAGAAGUGGCUUUCUUUUCUCUCCCUGCAGACAGUAGAUUGUAGAGUUGACAAAAUGUCUCCCCAAGAAUCUUCCCAUCGUAAUAUUUACUUCUCCCGAGUUGCUUCGUCUAGGACUGCCCCAUAUGAAAUAAUGCCUAGAUGAUGUUUGUGUUGCCUCCUCAUUAUGUGGUCUAUGGAUUCUUAGAGCAUUUGUAACCAUUUGUAUUUCUAGUAACAAUUCAGGUUCUUUAGUUAGUACACCUGGAAAUCACUGAAUCGAAGAAAUUGACUUUUAUACUCCAAAUAAAAGAUUGUGUCCAAAAUAUAGCUUAUGGGCUGACAGGACCUCACACUAAGGAACAAAACACACUUGAAAAACAACUAACAGAAAUACAGAGUGUUGACCAUAACAAAUGUAUGUAGUAAUAUUUCAAAUCAUACCUUUGACACGCUCUAUAUAUAGUUUGUGUUAGUUAAGUAUCAAGGUUAAAAUGUCACAGAGCAAUAUAUCUGUGCAAAAUGCAAUAGUUCAUUAUUUAUAUGAAAGACAGUUAUGACAUGACACAGAUUUUGUCAUACAAUUUAAUAGGGCUUGAGGCAUACUCAGAUGUUUUACGUAAUGUGGAUGUAAGACUAGAUAUAGCUGACACCAUAUAAUAUAUAUGGAAAAUGGUGGCUUAAUAUUGGACCUGGCAUUAAGCAUAUUUUUAAAAAAAACAAACUAAUUGUUGCUAGAAUAUAUAAAUAAUAUCUCUGAGUUCUUGAGAUUUUGGCACUGUGCUCAGACCUGGACUCAAGCACAAACAGGCUGAGGCACCUCAACUUAUAUGUUGCCCAUGAUCAAUAGAGGUGUGUUUAAGAUGCAACCCAUAUGGCUGCACAGUUGUGUGUGUGUUGUUGAGUUCACUUUUGAAUUUUUGAAACAGUGACAGAGAAUAGGUAUCAGUACCAUGCUGGCAUGCUGGAGUAGUGUACUGUUGUGUCAAUGUGUGUGUGUGUGUGUGUGUGUGUGUGUGUGUGUGUGUGUGAGAGAGAGAGAGACCAUUGUCACAGGGGGAGGGUCUGAGGACUAGGGUAAUGUCAGCCAGGGACAUUAAGCUGUUUAACAAACUGGCUUAGAGGGCACAGACUGGGGAAAAUGCCAUUUGAAUUAGCUAAGCAAACAAGGAAAGGAUUUUCUGCUUUGUCUGUUAAGGACAGAAAGCUGAUUUUGCAUGGACAUAUGAUACUGCUGAGUCACACUUGGAAGGUCCGGGGUCAGACAUUAGUACAAAGCUAAAUUUUUUAAGACUUUGCGUGGUCACUCAUUUAGACACCAAAAACUGCCUUACUUCUUUAUGUGUUAUAUUUUGGGAUGGUGUUGUCAUUCAGUAGAAUGUCAUUGUCUUUAUUGGAAGUAACGUGGUAUGGUAACAGUCAGUCAAGAUAAGGUAGCCGUUGUGUAUUUUACACAACAGCAUUAGCUAUAUUUGUCUCCCAGCCUUGAUACUACUUCGGGCUCUAGGGAUUGCAAUGUCAGUCUAUCAGUUAGUCCAGUGAAAUAAAAUGUCUCAACAAUUAAAAGCUGAACUGCCCAAAAAAUGGUUGUACGGAUAUGCAUGUUCCUAACAGGGUCAUUUCUAAUAACUUUGUGAUGCACUGACUUUUCAUCAAUCACAACCAACAGAUCAAUAAAUAAUUGAAAAAAGUGA